CAAACAGCUGUGGCCAUGCAAUGUGCAGUACGUAACUUAAGUAAAUUUAUAAAAACCGCAUUUUAUAAAGCAGAAUGCAACGCGCAACAUGGACAGCAAAUACGCAGUUUACGUACGUUGAGGAGUACCAAAAGGGAAGAUGAUGAGCUGAAAGAACUUGCGGACAUAAACCGACAUUCUGGGGAAGAACAGUUGCCGCAAAAUAGAAGCGAUGUAGCCAUUGACCUCACAAGCCCCCGGGAGGCACAUGUGCCCACAUUUAAUUUGGCCGCCCAUGUCAACAACUCAAAAACAUUGCAACAGUUUCUAAGCCUGGGCGUAUCGCUGCAUAAAAUUGAACGGCGCAAAGGCUUGGGUGAAUUUCUACUUCGAUUAGACUUUGAGCAAGAUGUGAAGUCACAUUUGACUUUUCUCGUGGAUCAGGGCGUGCAUCCAGACAGCCUUGGCGAAUUGGUAACGAAGAACCCAUUGAUAUUCAAAGAAGAUCUGGACGACUUACAGACACGUGUGGAAUACCUGAAGACCAAACGAUUUUCGGAUGAGGCGCGCCAACGCAUAAUUACCGAAAAUCCCUAUUGGCUUAUGUAUUCAACUCGACGUAUUGACCGGCGCUUGGGUUAUUUCCAAAAGGAAUUUGGUUUGAGUGGCGACAAUCUACGCUUUUUGGCCACUAAGGAGCCGCGUAUAAUUACAUAUAGCUUAGAACCGAUUCGCAAGUCCCUGUUCUGUAUGCGGGAGGAGAUGGGUUUUAACAAGUCAGAGCUGCGCGAGCUCAUACUUAAAAAGCCGAAACUACUAAUGAUACCUCCCGACGACCUCAUUGAACGCUUUAGCUAUGCCCACAACGAGAUGGGUCUCUCCCACGCUAGCCUGCUGCAAUGGCCAGAACUGCUGACCUCUAGGGAAUUUCGUCUACGUGAACGACAUGAGUUUCUUAAAUUGUUGGGACGCGCACAAUACGAUCCGCAAAAAGAUCUAUACAUCUCGCCCGGAAGCAUUGUUCAAGGGAAUAACUUUUACUUCGUUCGACAUGUUGCCAAAAGCGACAUUCAAACUUUUGACUUGUUUGUGAAAACGCGGUAAUAAAAUACUGCAGCUUUUAAAGUAA